AUGAUUUAUUGGUUUGAGAAACAUAAAGCAGAUGUGGAAUCGAUUGAAGGAUCGACUGCCACGCAAUGGAACUUCCGAUCUUUUUGUGAUUUUGGUGAUGCGGAUAUAACAAAUAAAGGAAGAAGUAUUGUGGCUAAGUUUAUUCACAAAUCUGCGAAUAAUCUUUUGCCUAAUUAUAUUUAUGAUCUGUAUGGCAUAAUGGAUCUGUCAGGAGUGUCGACUGAAGCAGAUGAUAAUAACAGGUGCACUCUGCAAGUUCUUUCUUUCUAUGAGGUUACUUAUCCAGAAAUGACUCACUUGUGGCCUGAGGUCUCAACGUUAGAGCAAAUUGUACGAGGAAUCGACAUUAUGCGGCAGAUAUUUAAAAGUUUCUUCAGAGAUGCAGUAGUCACUGAAUAUUUGCUUUGUCAUCUUAUUUCUAGCACUUACGCUAGGAAGGAUGGAUAUCCUAUAUGCAGUAUGUCGAUGAAUCUUUGCAACAUAGAAAAUAGUAGUAACGUAAUUCAUUUGCUUCAGUUAUUUUGUGCGAAGGUAAACCAUAUUUUAAUUACAAAUGAAAGUUUAUCUGAACAUUUGCUACAACCGAGAAUAAAUGAUGAUUGCCAACUGAUGCAAAAUUCUUUGCAACUGACGAAUGGUACAAAUGUGGUUUUUGAUGAGACAAAAUUUAGUGGUGAAGUGCCGAAAGAUGUCAACACAAUUUUAGCAUGCAAAAAUUUGGCUGCUAUUAAAUUGUUAGUAUCGGCUCAAAAAGUCGAAUAUAUCUAUGAUUACUAUGAAUUAGAAUUUGAAUGUGACUUCAAUGUUUUGUUUUUAUCGAAAGCGCCUUCUUUAUUAAUAGAGCUCCCAUUUAUUGUUCCAGCACCAUCGAAUUUCUCCGGUGAUUCAGAAAUAAUAAAAAAAGUGAAUUUAACUGAUAAUAAAAUUCUUGAUCUAUGCAGAAAAGCAAUAUUUUUUUGCCGUAAUAAAGUAAGAACGAUUGGAAUCAGGGAAAACUGUAAGAGUAAGAUCACUGAAACAUUCAUUCGGAAAAGGCAUCACAAUCGUAAUACUGUCGUUGAAGAACUACAUUGGUUGUUAACUCUCAGCAAAUUGCUGGCUGCAUUAUAUGGAAAAAACGAAGUUGAUAUUGAAUGCUGGGAGAAAGCACAGACUAUGGAACUCUAUCGAAUAGAUUUGCUGAAGUACCUUUGA